UUGAUUUGCUAUUUUGCUGCAUUUCUGUUUCAUCGUCCCCUCUGCGACUCUUGGGAAAACAAUGGCGAAUUCUUCGGUGAACGGGUUGAAAACUCUGUUCAUCUUGUUGGGCUGUAUUAUGGUGGUCACUCUCAUCUUCACCAUCUACAUCGAUGGUCUUCCUUUUCGCAAAGACAUCCUCACACCGUGGAUGGCAGCAACCUUGGUUGACUUCUAUAUCAACGUUGUAGCUUUGGCGGCAUGGGUUCUCUACAGGGAAUCUAACUGGCUCAGUGCAAUAAUCUGGAUAAUUCUGCUAGUAUGCUUUGGCAGCAUUACUACAUGUGCCUACAUUGUUAUGCUAUUUUUUAAGCUGACAUCAUCUCAAGAGUCUAUACAAGAUCCCAUGUAUUGUGUUCUCUUGCGGCAUCCAAUCGAGUACAUAUGCAAAACUCCAGACAAGGAUGGCAUGGAACAAAAGUGGAAGCAAUCUUAUGUCUUGACUCUCAGAAUCCUUUUCAGUGUUUUGGGUUUUUUGAUGUUGGGAACGUUAAUUUAUACUCUCUUAACAGAUGGCUCUCCUUUCCGCCAAGAGCUUUUAACUCCGUGGAUGGUAGCAACACUAAUUGACUUCUAUAUCAAUGUUGUGGCUCUAUCAGUUUGGGUGACGUACAAGGAAUCAAGUUGGAUUAGUGCAAUCUUUUGGAUUAUUCUUCUGAUAUGUUUUGGCAGUAUUACUACAUGUUUCUACAUUGUCUGGAAGCUGUUCCAGCUCAGUUCGGAACAUCCAGUCUACCUUGUUUUAUCGAAUAGUGGCAACAGGCAAGUUUAAUCACAUGUUUGGCUUUUGAGUUUUCACACUACAUGGCAGAAAACAGGUAUAAGUUUGUGGGAAAACAGUGUAACACUGGUCUUGAUGAGCAAGAAGGUUUUUAGGUCAAUCUGGUGCAAAUGAAAAUUAGAGUACUCAAUUUGUUGGAUAUGGAAACUACCCAUAUAUUCUGAUUGUAAUCUCCUAAUAAUUUCUUUCCAUAAUAGUUUGUAUUCAUUUCCAUAAUGGUUUCUCUUCU